AUUUAUAAAGAUCGCGGUUUAUAGGAAAACACAUUACAGUGAAUUUUUCCCCAUCUUAAUUCCCAGGUUUUUCAACUAUGUUGUAUAACUUUGCAACUGAAUAAGUUGUUGUACUGAUUCAUUGAACGACAUAAUAUUUGAUCUCACAAUCGUGUGCAGUCGUCGUCGUGGGUUCGAGCGACUCGCGGUACGAAAAUAGUGUGGCGGACCGUGCGUAAUUUUAUAACAGGGCGUUCAUCUUCCAAAAUUGAAUAAAGCAUAAAAACCAAAAAGAAAUUUUUGAAAUUCACUUCAUUUUUGUGAACUAUAAUAAUUCGGGUUCAUGUGAUUUAUGGAUGUUACGAUGCAGGACGAUAAAUUGGAUUUGUCUUUCUGACACGAGUAAUUCUCAUCAUGUACAUAAUUUGGGGCGGCAGAUUGGAUCCGCAGACUCAGACCGAUUAUGGUCACACAUCUCUAUCCUCUGUAAUCAUAAAUAGCCAAAAUGUAACGAGUUAUCAUUUUCCUGGGCACGGAGUACGUCUGGUUCAGUGGAUUCGCAGUGAGGCGGAACUACAACGACACUAUUCUGCAAUGUGGUUGUUGCUGCCAGUUGGUUCGAUUUUCAUAACAGCGCUCGUUGUUCUGUUAAUGGUGAUGUUCAACAGAUGUCCUCAAAUGGUUGCAGCGGUAGUAACGGGAAUACUCGGCACAAUAAUAGUCUUCAUAAUAUUAAUGUCACUUGAUCACAAGCCAAUUUACGCGUGAUCCAUAGAACGGAGGAAUUAAUAGAGCACGUAUGAUUAAUAACGGCUGAUACCCAUUAGUGGUUAGGUUUUAAAAACUUUGUGAUAAUACUUACUCUCAAUUGUAUAAGCGUUUUGGACCUUGUAACGAAUCAUGUCAGUGGAAACGCGAACGACAGUAUCGAUAUAGUGAUCCAAAGUUUUCUUUAAUCGAUCGUGACUCUGUAAAAGAACAAUUGAAAAAAGGUUUUCAUUUUUCAGUGGCAUCGCUUAAAUUUGGACUAAUGAAUGUAGAUCAACGAAUUAAGUCGGUGUAUUUGAAAUUUUUAUGUUUACAGAAAUUAUUUCUGUAUUUCAAUAAUUUCAAUAGUAAUGGAAAAUCAUGAAAAAUCAAUUUAGCUGAAAAACCAAUUCAAUGAUAAAUUGAAUUGGUUUUUUUUUUAAUGAAGUUCCAAAUUUUGCACGAAGACAGCACCGAAUGAAUUUUCUGACGAUGUCAACGUUUCCUUUAUACCUCGAUAUAAACGGGAUCCUCUUUGCUCGCGUGUUCCAACUCGAGCAACAAUAAUUCUAGUGUGUUGUACGGCAACCAGACCGCCGGUGCGGUAGAAACCAGAGGAGUUUCUAACCCGAAAUGCUCUUUGCCCUCGCCCAGAACAGCGUUCACGUAAUCCAAUGCUAAGUCAGUUGCUUCUAAUAAUCGACCAGUGUUUAACAGGAGUCGAAGAAGCUCGGCGGGAUUGCGUUUCUGCGAUGAAAAUCAGUAUGCUCAAUCUCAUAUUCGUUAUGCAUAAAAUUAACAUUUGUGUACAUUAAGUUUAUCGGAUAAUGUUUUGCGACCAAAUGGUAUUAAAUCGAUGAAUGAAAUACAGUUGAGUACUUUUCAUGAAAA